AGCAGAACCGGAGCUGACACAGACAGAAGAACGCAGUGUAAGAAGAGAGACCCGGGAACAGGGAAGGGCUGAAUUGCCGUUGUAUAGGACGGUACAAGGCUACAGGGCACAGCAGGAUUAUUCACUCACGGUUGGCAUAUAGAGCAGGCACUGAGUGCUGGAGAUCGGGACCGGGGCAUUUACGCGCGAUGCAUUGAGAGUUGGCGGAACUUUCCUGGGAUCUUGUUACAUUGUAUCCGUGUCUGUUACGUUGUAUCAACCAGUGGAGCCGUAGGUUUUACCCAAAAGGAUUAUGUGGCCGCUGCUUCCUGCUCUGGGGGCUGAGUGAGGGCCCGUCCAAUCGUUGCUCAUUUACCUACUGGGGGAGCCGGGACUUCUCCCUAAUCUUGGGUUCCCCCCACUCCCUGAGCCCCUCACCGGAAAAUCAUGAACUUUCUGCCGAGCUGGAUCCACUGGGGCUUGGCUGUACUGCUCUACAUCCCCCAUGCCCAGUUGUCCGGGGCAGCCCCUAUGCCAGGAGAGGGAGACCAUAAACCAACAGAAGUGGUGAAGUUCUUAAAAGUGUACGAACGCAGCAUGUGCCAGGUGCGGGAGAUUCUGGUGGAUAUAUUCCAGGAAUACCCAGAUGAGGUGGAGUAUAUCUUCAAACCAUCCUGUGUGCCCCUGAUGAGAUGUGCGGGUUGCUGCAAUGACGAGAGCUUAGAAUGUGUUCCCACAGAAUGUUACAACAUCACCAUGCAGAUAAUGAAAAUCAAGCCUCAUAUAAGCCAACAUAUAAUGGAUAUGAGCUUUCAGCAGCACAGUCAGUGUGAAUGCAGACCAAAGAAAGAAGUAAAGAGCAAGCAGGAAAAAAAAGCAAAACGAGGGAAGGGCCUUAAACGAAAGCGCAAGAAAAUCCGGUACAAACCAAAGCGCUUUCAUUGUGAGCCUUGCACAGAGAAAUCCCAGAGAAAACACUUGUUUGUCCAAGAUCCCCAGACAUGUAAAUGCUCCUGUAAAAACACAGACUCACGUUGCAAAACGAGGCAGCUAGAGUUAAACGAGAGGACUUGCAGGAGAGGGAAGGAGCCUAAAGCCAUCCAUUUAUACGGGGGCCACUCUUUCUGUUGACCUCGCUCACUAACAUGCGCUCUGACACCUCUAUACAGCAAUAUGUGAAAAGCCACGACGGUGAGAAACUUCCUGCCUACUAAGUACAGAGUCGAUAUGAAGGAUCGGUACUCAGCACAGCACUUUGGUUUUAAGCAUUCCGAGAAGAGGGACAGGACAAGUACACCUUUACAGAUUCUCCUUUUCUUCCACAUGUUUAAUGCUGCUAAACACCAAGCAACACGAACCCCAUGGGCUUCAUUCAUCUUUUGUUUCUGGAGAAAUAUCAGUUAAAAAUCUGUACACAAGGACACAUAUACUUAACCAGACGUCUUGGGACAAUGAACUCUCUUACUAUAAGAUUUUUUUCCAUCGAAUUUGCAUUUUAGCAAUACAACCUUUUCGAAUGACCGGUGGAUAUUGUGUGCUCCAUUGAUAUCUCCUGCUUAUGAGAAUGGUUUAGACCUGCUCUACAGCAAGCUUCCAUCCUUCUAAAAUUCACCCUGCUGUAAAGAAUAUAAGGUGUCUGUGCCCUCGAGCAACUUGCUAAGAACUCGGAAAGGUUCCGAGAGUGUUUCACUGACUUAGAUACUGUACUUAAUCAUCUGUGUAUUUGGAGUACUGCAAAGCUAAAGCCCAUUCUCUCGCAGAAAGGAACACUGUCCUUGUGGCUUUUUAUUUUGAUGCUCUCUGCAAGAAUGACAGAGACAUAGAGUAAUGAUAAAUAUUAGACAUUCUAUGACCUUUUGGCUCCAGUUUAUCAGACACGUGCAUAGCCAGUGCCCAUGUUAUCUCUGUUGUCUUUGCACAACAUGGAAACCCAGGAGAAAAGCGGGAACAGGGUGUGAGCUGUAAAGUAAAGGCCAUUUGGUGGAACUGAUACAAUGAAUUCAUUCUCACCUCAUUGAGGAAGACUCACUCAUAAUGAGUGGAAGUACCGUAAUGCAAGUGGAAUGCACUCAUAGUGAGUGCAGUCUACUUUCCUUCAAAUGAGACUUGCCUGUGUUGAGUGAGGCUGCCUUCCAGUGGGUGAGGUUUCAGACUCUCAAUUUAGUUGCAGUUAAUCAAAUGAUAGAACGAGGACUGGCUAAGCCUGUCUGAGAAUCUGUAGCUACCUUGUCCCUGCACCACAUAUAUAUAUAUAUUUAAAUCAAAACAAUGCUCAUAAAAUAGAGAUCUGAGUCCUGCGGCUUUCUGCUUUGUGGUGUCACUGGAGUCCUUGAAGACAUAUUCACUGUAACCUUGCGUUUGUAACUCAUGUAUACAGACACAUACACCUGUUGGGAUGAUACUAUUUCAGGCUCUGAACAUACCUAAGCAAGCAUGCCUUCUAUGUGCUAGCCGAGCGAGGGUUAGUGAAUAUGCAGCCUAGGGAGGUCACCAGCACUUGUUUUUGCACUUCGGGGCAGCCAAAAUAAACCCGUGUGAACACCACUACCUGUGGUGAUUUGCUUGUUUCACAGCAAAAGGCUUGGAAUGAAGAAAAAAGCAGUGUCUGCCAAACGAAUCUAAAGAUAUUCUGAGCAUGAGCCUCUGCAGCCGAACAUUAUGGGUAUCUGUCUGUAUAUUAAGAGAAUAUAGCAGGGUGUAUCUACCAUUAAUCAGUGUUACUUAAAGCCCCUUUCGCUAAGGCUAAUGCCACACAACUCUGUAUAAACCAAGUGGAGAAAAAGCUGAUCUGCUCCUUGGUGGAAGUCAAUUCCAGGGGGGCCGGGAUUCACUUAUACCAUGGAGUGGAUGGGAGCGGAUCAGCUUUUUUUCCACUUGCAUUUAUAAAGCGUGGUGUGGCAUCAGCCUAACAGAUUCAUAGCUCUGCCUUUGGGGAGGUACUUUUAACGAGUUAAUGCCCUUUCAUACUUGUGUACUUGCCAUGUAUUUCUGUUGCAUUAAUAUGGCUCCCCCACUUCUAACAAGUCCUUUAACUCCCUCCACACACAAAGCAAGCUGUGCCUGGCUGCCUGCACCCUUCCUAACAAAUUUGUAUCCUCCAAUGAAUCCCCCUGUGCCAAAUACUGAGAAUUCAUUUUACUGGGUCCUGAAACGUGUAAGUGCCUUUCAUAGUUUGAGGAGUUUAUCAUUAAAGAAACUACUGUAAUGUGGGCAAAGUUUAUCCAAAAGCUGUAGCUCAGGGCAGAGUCCUGCGUUGGUGGAGAAUUCGGCACUAAGUAGAUUUGUCUGAUUAAGACUAUUUCAGGAAUGCACCAAGUCCUCCAUUGAAUGGGAUUGUACGUGUGGAUGUUCGUGUGUGUGUGUGUGUGUAUAUAUAUAUAUAUUUAUAAUGACCUGUGUGUGUAUGUGCGAGAGAGAGAGUGUCGCUAUAGUUCAUACACAACCUAAUGAUCCUGUGUCUUUGUGCGGAUCUGAACUUACAAUACUAAUGUAAAUAGUAGCCAUUUCCCAACACUGAUCAUGAUCCAUUGGGUUCUCCCACGAGCAGGCGGCAGGGUGUGUGUAUAUGUAUACAUCAGUGCAGUGCAUCACAACAUACUUUUAUUUAAUGUUAAUGCUGGUAAUUUAAUAUCAAGUGUUGGGAGGGUUCAGUAUUUGUCAUAUUUAAAUUUAAGCUUAUUUAUAAAAGAAUUUCAUAAAUUGUUUGAUGUUUUUA